AUGAAACUUCAAAGCGUUGCGAUCUUUGUUCUUUUUCUCUCUUUAUUUGUGUCUGUCUUUUCUGACACUGCUAGAACUGGUGACUGGACUCCAAUCAAGAACCUCAAUGAUCCAUUUGUGCAGGAGAUCGCUCAAAUUUUGUUGAAAGAACACGAAAAACAAUCUGAUGAAAAACUGAGUCUGGUGGCAGUGGUUAGAGGCGAAAGUCAGGAUGGGGCUGGAACCAAUUAUCGACUUGUGUUGGAGGCGAAAGAUGAAUCUGCUGCUACCAAUAUUUAUGAAGCGAUAUUUUGGGAUAAAUCCUUUACUCAUUUUAAGAACCUCGUUUCGUUUAAAAAAACUUACUUAAUCUUGCUUUUUUAUAAUAUUAUAUAA